AUGGCCGAUACUUGUUACACUCCCGUUGUGAGACUACCGAAAAGCAAAAACAGCUCUUCCUCAACCCAAUCUAUCAGCAACUGUCAAGAUGCACAGGUGGACCUAAAGGACAUGAUCGUAUCUGAGACAUUGAAUUUCGAUGGUCUUGCAGGUGCUAUCAGUGAGAUGGAUCUACACAACCUUUUGCAAGCUUAUCCACCCCUCGAGGUUGUAAUUCAUCAGGAUGGUGACAGUGGUUAUCUACGAUUCUCAGACGCCAAAACAGCGGAUCGAGUGUAUUCGUUGUUCAAUGGUUUCACUUUUCCCAACAAUAGCAGCAAGUUGCAAAUUCAAAUAUCAGGCGAUGGUAGUAAUCAUGAGCAUGAGCCCAAGGGUCCUAUUCUUGAAGUCAAGGGUCUUCCUAAUGGGAUCGACAAUGAUGGAUUAUAUGAUCUAUUCCGACCAUUUGGGCCAUUGAGUUUAUGCAAGCCGAUAGUAAUAGGCAGGACUUUUCGAGGAACAGCAUUUGUACAGUAUUUCUUUCAAGCUCAUUCGGACGAAGCACUAGAUCACCUGAAUGGCAAGUCAUUGGAUGAUGGUACCACACUCUCGGUUGCAGCGUUUAUGCCAUCCAAGAUCCGUAACACCGACUAUCAACAACAAGGAAGCAAGAAUUCUGCAGCCUCGCUUGCUCCUUCUUCUUCACUCGACAAGUCAGAGUCCUAUGUCGAUUAUAUGAACUUGUACAUCAAGAACCUGGAACCUCACAUUGACAAUGACGCUCUUUUCCACAUGUUCAGAAGAUUUGGUCACAUCGUCUCGGCAAGAGUCAUGAGCAACCCUGUUACUGGGCAGUCAAAAGGUUAUGGUUUCGUUAGCUACGACAAGCCCGAGGAAGCUGCUGCUGCUUUACACGAGAUGAAUGGAAAGAUACCUCCCAGUUGUAUGAAGCCAUUGAUGGUUGCCUUUCAUGAACCCAAGAAACCUCGCCAAGAGAAGCAUCAACAGCAACAGCAACAUCAACAUCAACAACAGCAUCUUGGUACAUCUCCUAUCCCCAACGCGUUACAACCAGUGCAGCAUCAACAUCAGCAUCAACCAUUUAUGAGCCCGAUUGGAGCACCGGUGCGUAUUCCACCUCACGCUGCUGAAUAUGCGUCAAAUGCCAUGUCGUCAAUGGCAGGUAGCACAGGCAUCACUAUGCCAUACGACAAUCGCCAUCCAUAUGACAUGACGACUACUACAGCUACUACUACAUCUGCAAACAUCCCUUCCCAAAUGAAUGGUUUGGGUAUUGAUAGCGUGGAUCAGAUUGCUCUCAACAUUAAGUCUAUUGGGCAAAAGCGCCCAUCCCCUCCUCAACAAGUGCAUCGUAAGUUUUCUGCAGCUGAGUCCAACUUUGGACAGCAUCCCCUGCGUCUUUCUCCACCUUUCUCCACCUCGCCACUUUCUGGUGUGAGCAGCACGGGUCCUUCAUUGGCUUCUUUAGCUUCGGGAAUCAAUGUACAACCUCGUCCACCCAACAUGCCACCUCCACAACAACAACAACCGGAUUAUAGAACAGCCAAUGGUCGCCCAACUUUGAGACGUAAAGGCUCACUUGAGUCAGUCAGCUCCAUCAUGACAGAGUCAAGUGCUUCGGUGCAGCGUCAAAGAUUAGUGGAGGCUGUCAUGCGAUGCGGUGAUUAUGCCAAAUCGGUCAAUGAUAUUGUGGAUAUGCUGCUUACUCUGAAACGUAAGGAGCGUUCACUUUGUUUAUUCAACCAAGACUUUUUACGUGAAAAGAUCGAGUUGGCUUUGAUUGCAUUGGAGACAUUCAACGAAGAAGAGCAAGCUCAAGAAGAAGAAGGAAACGAUUAUGCUCAAAAUGUGCCUGGUGUCAUGGAUACCGAUAUGAGCCCUAUCAAGGCACCAACGAUCCCCACUCGUGUGUCCAAAGCUAUUCCCAUUGUCGCUCCUCCUCCAGAAUCACCAGCAACGAAAAAGCCAACUAGUUCUUCACCACCACAACAACAGCAACCAACCACUACCACCCCACGAACGACAUCUGCAACCAAUGGUUCUACUACUACAACUUCUAACAACACCACUACCACCACCAGCACCAGUAAUAACAAUGAUGAUAAAACAGAUAUCGAGGCCUUGUUGGCAUCAUUGGAAGGAAAACCUGUGCAUGAGAAGAAACAACAACUAGGUGAUCGCCUAUUUCCACUCGUCAAGGCAACUGGUACGAAGCAAGCACCCAAGGUCACCAUUCGGCUGUUGGAUAGCAUUGAUCUCCACGAGCUGGCUCAUCUCAUGUAUGACAAGGAUAAGUUAAAGGAACGUGUGGAAGUGGCCUUUGCGUCAUUGAAGUGA